GGGUGCUGAGGUGCCGCCGCCGCCAGCCAGUCGGGAGCGCGCAGGCACCGGCUGACUGAGACCCCGGGUGAGAGCCGCCUACCUUCAGUCACCGCCCACGGCCGGGCCGCCACCAUGGCGCUUCUGCUGCGCUUGGUCCUCUUGUGCGGAGUCGCGGAUUUCACCAGCAGUUUGAGUAUCACCACUCCUGAUCAGAUGAUUGAAAAGGCCAAAGGAGAAACUGCUUAUUUGCCGUGCAAAUUUACCCUUAGUCCAGAAGACCAGGGACCACUGGACAUCGAGUGGCUGCUAUCACCAGCUGAUAAUCAGAAGGUGGAUCAAGUGAUUAUUUUAUAUUCUGGAGACAAAAUUUAUGACGACUACUAUCAAGAUCUGAAAGGACGAGUACAUUUUACAAGUAGUGACCUCAAAUCUGGUGAUGCAUCAAUAAAUGUAACAAAUUUACGGUUGUCGGAUAUUGGCACAUAUCAGUGCAAAGUGAAAAAAGCUCCUGGUGUUGGAAAUAAGAAGAUUCAGCUGACAGUUCUUGUUAAGCCGUCAGGUAUAAGAUGUUACGUUGAUGGAUCAGAAGAAAUUGGAAAUGACUUCAAACUAAAAUGUGAACCUAAGGAAGGUUCGCUUCCGUUACAGUAUGAAUGGCAGAAGUUGUCCAACUCACAGAAACUGCCCACUUUAUGGUUACCAGACAUGAAGUCACCUGUUAUAUCUGUAAAAAAUGCCUCUACUGAGUACUCUGGGACGUACAGUUGUACAGUCACAAACAGAGUAGGCUCCGAUCAGUGCCAGCUACGCCUGAAUGUUGUUCCACCUUCAAAUAGAGCUGGAACAAUUGCAGGAGCUGUUGUAGGAAUUUUGCUUGCUCUAGUGCUCAUUGGUCUUAUCGUCUUUUGCUGUCGUAAAAAGCGCAGAGAAGAAAAAUAUGAAAAGGAGGUUCAUCAUGAUAUCAGGGAAGACGUGCCUCCUCCAAAGAGCCGUGCGUCCACCGCCCGGAGCUACAUCGGCAGCAAUCAUUCGUCCCUGGGCUCCAUGUCUCCUUCCAACAUGGAAGGGUAUGCCAAGACUCAGUAUAACCAGGUACCAAGUGAAGACUUCGAACGUACUCCUCAGAGCCCUACUCUCCCACCUGCUAAGGUAGCUGCCCCUAAUCUAAGUAGGAUGGGAGCAGUGCCUGUGAUGAUUCCAGCACAGAGCAAGGACGGGUCCAUAGUGUAGAGCCUCUGCACUUCCAUCUGUGCUUUCCAGGUUUCUUUUCUCCUCUUCGGGUAGGAAGACUGUUCCGUUCUAAAUUCUGCUACCGGCCUCAACAUAUAUCAAGAACUUAACCAGAACCUGAAAAUUAUGCUUUAAAAAGUUUUGUUUGGUUACUGAAAUAGUAAAGUUGAACUGAAGUCACUAAACACAGAUUGACCAACUGAAAAAUAUUUCCUUUAAGAGAUUGAUUUGAUAGAUUUCUAAAUAUCAACACUUAAAAGAUAUAGCACUUUGAAUAUGAAAUCCUAGGUGAAGAAAUUGGUGAACUUAUAUGCACCCUAAGUUGAUACUUGAAUCAUGUGCAAGUGGUACUUCCUAUUUUCUACCAUUUAUUUUUAGGUUGCCUUUCUCAAUUAAUUUGUGAUCUGGAAUCCCCUCCAAAUUGGUAAAGAAACAUCCAUGGCAAAAAUACUUACGACACAUCUAUGUUUGUUCUUUUUGAAACUUCUUUGGAAGCUCAUUUAAAUAUGAGUUUGAAACAGCUCUAAUAACAUAGAAAACACUACAGUGUUCUAGAAAUUACUAGUUUUACUUCCGAAUCAUUUAUAGACCUUGUCUAUGAAAUGAUUUCUAACUAUUUAAUUGAUAGACUGCUAUAGGCAACAAGGACAUAGUAAGCUCCUUUACAUUCUAAAAUAAAGGAGCAUCUCUCUGAUUCAUUUAGAUGCUAGUUAGCGGUGCGGUAGUGAAUAUGGGUUUUGUUGAUGAGUGAUCUGAUGCCUUGAGGCCUGUGGCCGUCUUCAGAGCAAUGACCAGUCAGAACAAGGAUGGAACAUUUUGCAGUUCCCAACUAACUACUAGCCCUUGAGCUGAUAUUUUUCUAAUAAGAAAAAUUAUGACUCAUUAUUUGACAAUUACAGUUUGAAAUUCCCCAGUCAUUGGUUCCAAAUUUAAAAACAUUUUUUCAGUGUUUUAGGGGGGGUGGAUUAUGUUGGUGUUGCACAAUAUAUGUUUUAGAAACAUGUAAUCCUACAUUUACCACUUGAAUGUGGUUCCUGGAGGUUAUUUUCUUCAUAGACUCAGAAUGAUGAAAUACAUUUUCAGCUAGGAGGUGUCCUCCAUCGAUUCUGUAUUUCAGACUUAGGAGGAUGUAUAGCUCUUUUAUGGCCAACAUGUCCUUGUAUAGUUGCAGAAAAUCAAGGUGAGCUUUGAAAAGAGUGAGUCUUAGUUUUGUGAAAGUGAUUUA